UGAUCACUUGAACUACAUCAACUUGUAGUGUUAUCACUUGGGGUAUCGGACACUCACUCGAGUCACUCCUAAUGCUACUCCAAAGAUGAUACCACGUCUCACCAUCACCUCCCUCUCCCACCCUCAACCCUUGUUCAUCCCCCUUUCUCCUCCCCCUAAACCCUCGCAAACCCCUGCACAUUCUCUCUCCUCCGCCCCAACCGCCGACUCCGGCCUCCAAUUCCGCCGGAAACUCAUCUACCUCGAAUCCCUAAACGUCAAUUCCCUCAAAGCCCUCCGCCAAAACCCCCAAUUUCGUUCUUCUUCUCUUGAAACCCUAAAAUCCGUCGAAAAUUGCCUCCUUUCUUUCGGAAUUCCUCGUUGUUCUCUUGGCCGGAUUCUUGACAUGUACCCUCAACUCCUCACCUUCGAUCCCCACCUCCAUCUUUACCCAAUUUUCGAUUUUCUCAUUAACGAGCUUCAAUUACCCUUUCCUGACGUCAGCAAAGCCAUUAUUCGGUGCCCUAGAUUGCUCGUUUCUAGCGUUGAUCUUCAAUUGCGUCCCACUUUUUUGUUUUUGAAGAAAUUAGGGUUUGUGGGUGAGGAUAAAAUCGAUUGUCAUACCUCUGUUUUGUUGGUUUCCAGUGUUGAAAAUACCCUAAUUCCUAAAAUGGAGUUUCUGGAAAGUUUAGGGUUUUUGGAAUUUGAGGUGGUUAAUAUGGUGCUCAGGUCACCUGGGUUGCUAACUUAUAGUAUUGAGAAUAAUUUUAAGCCGAAAGUUGAGUACUUUGUGAAGGAAAUGAAGAGGGAUUUGAAGGAAAUUAAGCAGUUUCCGCAGUAUUUUUCGUUUAGUUUGGAAGGGAAGAUAAAGCCGCGGCAUCGGUUGUUGGUGGAGCAUGGGUUUUCAAUGCCACUUAGGGAUAUGCUGAAGGUUAGUGAUGGCGAAUUCAAUGUUCGGUUGCUAAGGAUGAGAUUGCAGCUUAUUAAACAGUUGUAGUAAGUUGCAUUUCCUCUUUUGUACAUUGUAUUUAUAGAAUCAUAGUUAGCAUGUAUUGAUUUAUGUGUUGUAUGGUUUUUUUUUUUUUUUUUGUAUAUUUUGUCUCAAUUAGAAGUUUUCUCUUUGUAAAAUUGUAGUUUAUGAUUGGAGCAAUUGCAGCAAUGCAAAAUUUGUGUAUCAACAUGCUUUGUAUAUUGUAAUAGUCCUUACAUAUUACAUAAUUACAUUGAGUGAUGGUGAUAUACAUGAAUUCUUAGGUCUAUGAUUCGGGUGAAUAAUGUAUGUAUGUUAAGUAAUCUUGUUUCUUUGUUUGACAUCAUGGAUUAACCUUAUGUAUAGUUUGAGCAUCCUUAAUUUUCUAUAAACACUCAAAUCUUGUAGCAAGAUCUAUGUAUUGUUAUUUUUAAUGCCUGAACAAUAUGUUGAUUGCGUUUCAUAUGACUUGUACUCAGUUUGAAAGCUUUAGGUUGUGAAGCCUUAGACAACUCUAAUUGUAAUGUCGUGAUACGCCGUCUGCUCUCAAUUCAUCUGUCUUUCUCUUCCAAUCUCACCAAUGUUCAAGAUCUCAUCUAAUCCUUUGCUAUUUUCUAGCUUUACAUCCAUGUCAUAGUGCCCAAAAGCUUAAACUUGAAUUAUAGGUCUAUUAUUGCUUGUUACAAAUGUCUUGCUGAAAACCAGCAAGAUGGCCAUGUUUAAGUGUUGCAAUAUUCAGUUCGAGUAAUAAACAUAGAGGGAAUGAAUUUCAAUCUUUCAUUACCCUAACAAAAUUGAUCCUGCUUAUGGAGCUUUAAGACGUUCCUCUUUCAACUUGAUCUCUGUUUACUCUUCUUUAUGGUGGGUUGCAUUCUUGAAGAAGACUGCUGUUGGAGAUCCACAUUACCCUCUAGUAAGUUAUGGUAUGUUUAGUAAUGCUGGUUUUUAAGAUCUGUUUCCUAUGCACUAUGCUGGAUUUUCCUAUCACCUAGUUGGCUUUAUUGGAGAACCACUUCUUUAAGUUACCCUCCUCAGUUCCUUUUGAUUCAACUGGGUGUAAUUUAUGUGGAUUGUACCUUGAUUUGGUUUUUUAGAUAUUAUGAUUGAAAAAUGCUCUCUAUAUGCUCUGUUGAUAAUUGUGUUGUGCCAUAGAGCCUAGUUUAUUUAUCAUGUCCAACUUCGAUUCAAAUUGCUUGUGCUAGUAUCAAGUCAUUAUUAUUCUGGAGAGUAUUGUUAUGAAGUACUGUAUUAGAUGCUGAACUGAUACUUUGGUCAUUGGGAAUAAACUUACAGUUGGAGUGAUCUUGCAGAAAGCCCCCAUGUGUUUUUAUGAGGGCUCAUUAAUUUGGGUAUCAAAUUAAAUGUCAAUAUGAAAUUUCUUAGUCAUGUCUCUUAGACUCAAUUCCUUUGUUUAGUACUUAAAUAUAGGUCAUUUUUAAGCAUUUUGGUGAUGCCUGAGUUGUAACCCGAUUAGGGUUACCGUAGAGUAAAUUCGUCCAUUUAUAUACUCUGCAGGUGGUAGAGUAAAUAGAUGUUAUCUUCGAUGACUUAAUAUUACUCCGUAGUGUUCUAUUUAAUGAUCCUAGUUGUGCUUAAACUAAAGAAAACUUGUGUGUCAGACAUUCUAUCCGUGGUACGAACUACAUAUUACUCUAAAUUGUAGAUCAUAGUUGUACUCUGUAAACUAUUUUUAGGUCCUGAUUGGGUAUAAUUGUAUUUGGGAUUUCAAACGUGAGUAUAAGGCAUUCAUCUUUGGCUGGUCCUCUAAUUAUAAAUUUCCAGUUUUUUCAAAGCUGUAAGAUUCACAGUGCAAGGCCUGCAGGCUGGUUAAGUUAUUACUCUGUAUUUUCAAAGUUUAUCAUUCAGUUAUAGUAUUUUUAAGUCUUGUAAACUUGUAAUGGUUGUUUGCGGCCCAAAGAUGAACAUAAAUGGAACGCUGAAGACAUGAACUUCUGUACAGAAAGGCUGAAGACAUGUACUGUAGUGGUAUUGGGGCUUGAGUGUCUCGACAAUGUAAAGUUGCAAACUUGACUGUUUGUAUACUGUAGUAUUCUUGUAUGUGUUUUAUGUUCAGUUCACCUUAAAAAAAAAAAAAAAAUUUAGUAAAAUUAAUUUCAAUUCAGUAAAAAUAAUUUUAGUUCGGUUAUUCGGUUAUUCGGUUGUAUAUUGUAUAUUUGUAUCGGCAUAUUUUUUAAUAACAUGGGAUUUUUUUUUUUGAAUGAAAAAUAUAUGGUUGGAAAACGGCUUUUCAGAUGUCAAAAUGGGUAAAAAUUUAACUGAUUUAUGUACUAGCAUUAUCUCAAUGGCUAUUUUUGUUUUUUGUUUUUUUUUAAAUUUUAAUUUUAUAAAUUUAUUUGUUUACUCGCUUUAUUUUAAUAUGGUCAUAAAUUACAUUAAUACCGCAAACAAAUGGAUUCGAUCAAAUACUUUUUGUUAAUACUCAAUACAAACAGUUGACUUUUAAAAA